AUGUUACGUUCUAUACCAGUUCCAAUUCAAUCGUUAAGUAGACGUAUCCCAUUUUUCAGAGCAAAAUUGAUCCAUAAAAGGUUAAUUUCUACUAGUUUAUAUCAUAAAUCAGAAUCAUCGAUUGAAUCAGACUUAACCAAAGGUCAAGAUCAACAACUGAGAUUCCUUGAAGAAUAUAAAAUCAGAACUCUUUUGGAAAGGCCGAUCUAUUAUUAUGCCGAUAAGGAAUUACCCAAGUUUUCAAUUGAACGAUUAUAUGAACAAUCAGAAAAGUUAUCUCCAACAUUCAUCUUACAAAAUGCUCAAGAUACCAUUGAACAUUUAUUAGCAUAUAAUGCUAGAAGAUUAAAAGAAUUUAGAAAUUUACCUUAUUUAGUGGUACUUAAUCCUUCUAUUUCUGAAUCUUAUAGUAUUUAUUUACAAACCAUGUCAUCAUUAAUAACUGCAUCAUUAAAUCCUCCUACUACUAUGGAAGAAAAUGAAACGUUUGCAAAAGAUGUAUUAAGUGAAUUUAUUGAUGUACAUGCUGAUACAUUACCUAGUUUAUCUAAAGGGUUUAAUGAAGUGAUUGAUUUAAUUAAUCCUAAACAAAUCACUCAUUUCUUGGAUAAUCAUUUAAAGGAAAGAAUUAGUAUGAGAUUGAUUGCUCAUCAACAUAUUCAAUUAACAAAAGCAUUAAAUGGUGAAACAACUUAUCAAAAGGGAGGGAAAUAUAAUGGAGUGAUUAAAAUAUUGAAUAUCCCUGAUGUUAUACGAAAGAAUGCUGAAUUGAUUAAUGAUAUCUUUUUAUUAAAAUAUGAUCAAACUGUUCCAAUUCAAAUUGAUACCAAUUUAUACCCUAUAAAUUAUUGGAGUCGACAAGAUCCUGAAUUGGCAUUACCAACUGAAGAAGAAUUACAACAUUUCCCAUAUAUUGAAUAUCAUUUAGAUUAUAUUCUUUCGGAAUUAUUUAAAAAUUCAUUCCGAGCUCAUAUUGAAAAUGAAAUUGAAGAUCCCGUCCAAAUCACCAUUUCAAUCUCAAAGAAACCUACUUCAUAUUUAGAAUUAAGAAUUAGAGAUAAGGGGAAAGGGAUCCCAUCCAAGACGUUAAAUCAUAUUUUUGAUUAUUCAUUUACAACUUGGGAGAACAAUGAAGGGGAUAGUUAUAAGACUUUGAAUGUUCCACCUGGGUUAGGAGGAAAUAUAGUGGCUGGAAUGGGGUAUGGAUUACCAUUACUGAAGAAUUAUGUAGAGAUAUUCAAUGAUACAUUACCUGAUGAAGAUGGAGUUAUUACUACCAAGGGGCUGUUAAGUAUUCAAAGUUAUUAUGGUUGGGGUACAGAUGUAUAUCUUAAGACAGUAGGACAGUAG